UCAUCCGACGGUUACCACUUGCAGCUAACGCACACACUGCGACGCGACCCGCGAAACUGACGCCGCGCGCGAUUUGCAAAUCGAAAUUCGAAUGCAAAUUUUAUUUUAGUGACAGAUAAAAACGAACCCUGGUAAAAAAAACACAAUAAGACGAUUAAAUUAAAUAUAAUAAUAAUUCGGUUUUUAUAUAGUGUUUGUGAUGAAACUUGGUUGUGAAUAGAAUUUUAAAAUUUAAAGAUUUGUAAGUCACAGUCAUGAUGGCUGAUGAGAAAAAUGUCGAAAAUGGAAACAAUUAUGUCACAGAAAAACAUAACAAAAUCAGCGGCAGAAACAGUUUUAUAAAAAGUAAACAAAAAAAUAAAGUGAAAAAGGAUGAUAUAGACACUGAAAAUUUAAAAGAACUAAAUAUAUUUCAAAAAGCAAAACUUAUGAUGUCUCUCAUAACAGUGGAACCAAUUUUGGCUUGCUAUGUUAUGCCGUCUGUUCUUUCAGCGUUGGCUACGCAGAAUUUAUAUUUGGAUAAAGCUUGUAGAGUUAAUUUGGGCUUCGAUCAUCACAUAUGUGAUGCUUUGACUAAAAGACAAACUGCCAAUUAUACAUUUGAAGAAGAAGCAGUCCAAACGCUAGUAGCUUCUGUAGCUGGAUGGAAAACAGUAUUACAAUCAUUUUUACCCUGUGGAAUAUUAAUAUUCCUCGGAGCCUAUAGUGAUAGAGUUGGGCAAAGAAAGUUUUGUAUGCUUUUGCCUAUUGUUGGAGAAUUCUUAACUAGCAUAGGUCUUAUUAUUAAUACAUAUUUUUUUCACCAAUUGCCGGUUGAGGUAGCUGCUGUAACAGAAGCGAUAUUCCCAGCCUUAACUGGAGGCUGGUUUACUAUGUUCAUGGGCGUAUUUAGCUACAUAGCGGAUGUUACGACGGAGGAACAAAGAACGUUGCGGAUUGGAAUUGUUAAUCUAUUCUAUUCUGUGGGAGUGCCAUUGGGUGCAGCUCUUAGUGGAAUAUUGGUGCGAAAAAUUGGUCUAUAUGGUGUAUUCUCCUUAAGUGCCACUAUUUACGUGCUGAGUUUCUUAUAUGGCUACUAUAGAAUCGUUGAAGUCAAAAGAACCGAUCUUAAUUUGAAAAAGACCAAUAAUUGUUGUGAAUGGACGCGAGAUUUCUUCGACACGCGUUACGUGAAAGAUACUCUGAUGGUCGCCUUCAAACGUGGUCCAAACAAUAGAAGAUUAAGAGUUAUUAUGCUUGUGGUUGUCUUGUGUGUUGUAAUUGGACCAAUAUACGGGGAGAUAUCUGUGAUGUACUUGUUCACAAGAUACCGAUUCAACUGGAACGAAGUGGAUUUUAGCAUGUUUUCUACUUAUGCUAUGUGCACUUCUCUAGUGGGGACGCUUUUUUCCGUCGGCGUGUUCAGCCAUCUGUUAAAAUUUGACGACGCCAUAAUUGGAGUGAUCUCUUGUACGAGCAAGAUAUUAUCUGGUUUUAUGUACGCCUUCUCAACAAAGACUUGGCAAAUAUAUAUAGCCCCACUUAUUGAAAUUUUUAAUGGCACCUCCUUUAUUGCAAUGAGGUCGAUGGUUUCGAAGCUGGUGGAGAAAGACGAAUUAGGAAAGGUGAACUCUUUCUUCGGCGUGGCAGAAGCGAUGAUGCCGUUGGUAUACGCUCCGAUGUACACCACAGUAUACACUGCGACUUUGAAGACCUUCCCUGGAGCCUUCUUCCUUCUCGGUGGAGGGCUAACUGUGCCCGCUGUACUUAUAUUCUUAUGGUUGUAUAUGGCAAAUAAGAAGCAUAGUAAUGCAAACGCUCAACAAAAGGCUACAGAGGAUCCAAUCACAGACGAAAAGCCCGAAAAGGUUGGCAUUGACAAUAAAGCUUUUGAAACUGAAGAGAAAAAUAAAAUCUCUUCUAAAACAGAAGACACAGAUAAGAAAGAACCAGAAAAUGAAGACAUUAACACUAGUCAGUCACAAAUUGAAAUGGGCUUUACCGAAAGUAUGCUUUGUACUAGUAAAUUGUAGCACAUAAAUUUACUGUACCAAAUCCGAAUUUAUCUACCUGUUAACGUGUAAAUAUGGCGACUUGGCGGUCCUGAUCGCCUUCAUAUAGCAGUUUAACAUAAACUAUCGGUACCGAACUAAACAAAGCUUACGGUUUUAAAAUGUAAAUUUUUGUACAUUUUGCUGUAUACAGUAUUAAAACUUAAGCAUCCAUUCUUACUAUAUUGAUAUAGUUUCAAGAAUUUCGUCCUCGUGACUGAUAAUAGAAGGCAGUUGCUUAAUUCAUUUUAGAAUAACCCGCUUUGACUAUUAUUAUUAGUUAUUAAAGUGACAAGAGGCUCUUAAAAUAUAAAACAAACUGAUUUAGGCUAGCUAACAAAGUUGAAAAAAGAGCAAUGAGUCUUAUCAGGUAUCUUAACAUUGCUAUCGAAUAAGCUGUCGGUAAGAUUAUCAUUUAUCAUCAUUGUUUUAAUUAUAAAGAGAAACCGUUGCUUGAGUUUAAAGUUCUUCGAGUCUGUAGCCUAAUUAUGGUGCGGUUUUGUAAAACACUUCAAAUGCCAAAGUUAAUCGGAUGAGGACAUUGUGGUUUGUCCAAACACGACCGAUCCAGUUGAAACAUUAAGAAAAAUGGAGGCUGUUUUGCAAAACACUACCAAUCCUUGCAUAAGAAUGAAGGAUAUUCCUUAUCUAUUAAUUAUUCCUAUACUGUACCAUUUCUCCAUUCCAUUCUCUUACUUUCCGGUGCAAUGUAAAGUAGCUUACAUUUUACAAAAGCUUACGAAUAUUAUAUAUUUUUUGCGUUUAUGAUAGUGAAGAAAUAAUUAUCUUCGUAGAAAAAUAUGGGUCAAAUCUCUACUGAAAAAAUGGGAUGAGCAAAAAUCAUAUCAUUAGUAUCGAUCGCCGUACGGAAUCUAAAAAAAAUCAUAGAAAACGAUUCCGCUCUCAUAUUUUUUAAUGCCUGAUAACACAAAUGCUUUUGCGAUAGCCGCAGAACUAAAAUGGAAUUGGAACACGAAUUAUCGUGCACAUAUCACAAGAAAUAUAAAUUAGAUCUAAUACGAUUUUUAAUUACAUGAGAAGCAAUGUUUGUUUUAUUUAUCGUAAAGUAUAGAGCUUUACAUAACUCGUGACAUUAAAGGAACGAAUCAAAAAUGGCUUAAUGGAUACGCUAUUCAAAUCGCAGGAAUAAAUACUUAAAAAAAUGUUAGAUUUACAUAUACCAUGCGUUAUAAACGGAUCUUGUUUAAUAUAUAUUUGUUGAUAAAACAACACCAUUCCAUUUAAAAACGAAUAUCCAUUUUCGAACCGGCAUUGACAGAAUAAGACAUUUAUUCAGGAAAAACAAUGCACCCAUAAAAUUAACAUAAUUGUACGGAUAAAAUCCAAAAAUGAACAACAAAUCCUUAAGUACAAGAAUACAAAAAAGAGGAACUAUAUAUUUCUACAAAAAAUAAAAAUACUAAUGUAAUACUAAUGUAAUCUUAUUGCGAUAUCUGCAACCGUGAUUGGUCCUGAAAAUGUAUACAAUUCAGCUUUUAUGCUGGCUUAGACUCAACGCUCAAUUUUUUCACCAAUACAUAAUGAAUAGUGUUCAAGAUCUCGACCAAUAAUAUUACGUCAGUUCAAUGUCAACGUUUUUUAAUAAUCUUUACUUCUCUUGUGGUUGAAUAGGUUAUACCUACUUAAAUUGGUUGUACAGCUGGCUAUAAAUAAAUGUAUAAAUGAAUGAAUUUUAUGGACAAUGGUUGAGAUUGUUACUUGAAUGAGUGUAAUGGAUGCAAUAAAACGCUGGAGUUUUAUUACUUUUUAAUAAGUACUACAAAUAAAGAAACACAAUAAAGGUAUUGUAAAAAAAUCGUGAUAACGUUACACGACAAGACAUUGAAAUUAAUUGCAGUGCGAUUCUGUAAGAAUUUAUUUCGUAUCUCGCUCGUGAAAUGUUGACAAUCGGCUUAAUUUUGAUAUGUGUAUCCUAUAAAUUUUAUAAUUAUUUGAGUCAAUGUCAUAUAUAAUAUUCUGACAUUUCACGCUCGUUUUUUUGCGGUGAGAUUCGAGUUUCUUGUUACAGAAUAGCCCUACUUAGCUAUAUUUGAAUUGUCCAGAUGUGUAUAAGAUAGAAUAUAUGAAUACUGCUAUUUUAAAUUCGUUUCUAUAAUAACAUGGGAUAUUAAUGUAUUUUACUCUUUCAUUAACUGAAUUUUAUUUCAUAAAAAUAUGAGAUUAAAUUAUUGCUAAAUCAGUUUGAGCUUUUUCAAUGUAGAUAUUGGAAAUUUAACAAAAACUUGGUAACCAAGUUAAAUAACAAUCUUUUAUUAUAACUAAUAAAAGUAGCAGUAAUUGAGAGACAAAACAAAUUAUGUAAUAUACCCACCUAAUUGUAUUUAUUAUUGUGGUCGCAACUUCAAAAAAGUAUUUAUAUUAAUGCAAUACAAUAAACAGUUAAUAAAACUAUAUAUCUAUUAUGGUAAAUUAUAAUUAAAAGGUUUAUUUUAAGGUUAUCGUCGACCAUUUAUGUUUUGGCACUAUAAUGAAAUUACUUAUUCAGUAGGUAUUUUUUUUGACGUUUUAGAAUUAUUUUCUGCAAUAAUUUUGUUUAAGAGAAAUAAUCAAAAAUAGGUCUGUGAUAAUUAUAUGGAAGCUAAAAUAUGUAUUAUAUUGAAGACAUAGCUAUUAGGUAUUGUAAUUCAUUUAUGACUGUGAUGGGAAUCAAUAAUUUUAUUCAAUGAAAUUAU